GAGAGAGAGAGAGAGAGAGAGAGAUGACUUGGAAAUUCGCAUAAAUAGUGAAAGACGUCUCAAGGACCCAACAUUUGGACUUCGACCUUCGUCGCGGGAAGAUAAGUCUAAGAUAAUGGCUGCAGGCAAAUGGCUACUGGCGACCAUUUCAGCCCUUGGUCUCCUCCUGACGGUGGCAUCAGCUGGUCCAAAUCCUGACCCAGCUGCGUCUGCGUCGCCUACGCCCGAUCCAGAUGCGUCUCCCCAGCGUCACGGGCGUCACAGGUGCUACCCGAAGACAAAAUAUGUCACCGAGUAUGACGCACAGGUGGAGAAGGUCCCCAUAUACGAAACAAUCCACAAGAAGGAGCUGGUGCCCACGACGUACUACGAGACUGUCUACAACACCUACUACGAGACCAAGUACGAGACAGAGUACCUCCCAGAAUACGUCUACAAGACCGUCUACAAGACGGAAGUCAAGUACUUGACCGACUACAAGACGGACUACGAGACGGUCUACAGGACGAACUACGAGACGCAGGUGGAGUACGUUCCCAAAUACACGACGGAGAUACUCUACGAGACCGUCUACUCGACGGACGUCGUGCACGAGACCGUCUACAAGACGGAAUACGUGCCCGAGUACGUCACGAAGACGACGGUGAGGUACGACGUCAGGUACAAGACGAAGGAGGUGCCGCAGUACAGUACGAUUUACAAGACGGCGCAUACUUUCAAGACUGUGUGCCCCAAGGGUUCGUAUGACCGUUAGGACUGAGGUCAUACUUGAUGCCUUAUGCCCACAAGCAAUGAGCAUUAAUGGUAUACUGGAAAUUACUGAAAAAUAUAAUGGUUGCUCAUAGGUAAAUAGGGUGCCUAGAUUAGGUUUUAGGAUAGGAGAGCAUGCUGGAAUGCCAUAGGAACCAGGAUGUAUUUGAAGUCCCAAUAGAUAAAGGAUGCACCGAAAUCUUUAUAUACUAGAAGUCCUCAUCGAUAAAGGAUAUAUUAUAAUCCUUGUUAAUUUACAUAAAUUCUAAAAGACCAGACAUUGAAAAAUAUAUCAAUAUACCUUUACAAUUAGGGCCACUGAAGAUGGACUUAUUUUACUGUAAGUGCCCUAACAUAUUGAUGCCCACUUAGUGAUUAGGGUAUUCUGACUGGCAUACUCUGUCUCUGAUUCUGGAAUCUACUCGGGCUAAUCAGGUGGAAUUUCAUUCUUUCACUUUGUAAUAUUUCUUAUGAUUGAUACUAACGAACUGCCUUUCGAUAUUAAUUGUAAAGUUUUUUUUUUUUUUAAAUGAAAAAUAAAAUGCCUGUUUUAACGUUCGUCACUUAUUGUUUUUUUAUGGACUUUACUACAGAUAUGAAAACCAAAACAUUUGAAACAUUUUGAAAACAAGGAUUUUCUUUAUGAAUGAAGUGCUCUACUCCAACUAAAAAAAAAAUAAAAAAUAAAAAUAAAGUAAAUGGGUUGGAAAAAGAGAUUUUUCUGUUAGAGAUUAAGUAGAUUUUUGGGGUUCCUUCGUUCGAGCUACAGAGUGACUUCAGCCGAAGCAGAAAGUAUUGAGGCUGUAGGAGACACGAAGGAGAAUUCAAACUGUACAAUCUGACGUUCGGGUAUAAGAGUUUUGUGAAAAUACGCUCAAGUAUGAACCAGUCAAGAAAAGAACCCUGAGAACAAAUGCUCUCUAAGCCAGGAUAUUCUGAUGCCACAGUAUUUGCAAAUAACUUGUCAGGAAGCAAUUUGGUCAAAUUCAAUAGGUACAGCCUAUGUGGAGUUAAAAUUUGGUUUGCCAAAAAAUUAGACCAAACGGUGGCUCCACAAAAUAAACAGAAUAUGUCUCCAUUAAUUCACCAUAAACGCAAAAUCAUUAUUUAAAAGAGGCGUUAGCAUUGUAAUCAUGAUAUGGUGUCUGUAAAACAAUGAAGCAACGAGUAAAGAAAACCAGAAAAUGACCAAACUACCUGUAACACUCGAACGAGGGUAAAUGCUAU